GCGAGUGCAUCAUUUCUUCGUGCUUAUCUUACUACAAUCUCUGUGUCCCCAAAAUCUAGGGUUUCUACCGUUUUCCAUGGCUUCUGCAGAUGUAGAGUACCGCUGCUUCGUUGGUGGGCUUGCGUGGGCCACCGACAGUGAUGCUCUCGAGAAAGCCUUCUCUCAAUUCGGCGAGAUCGUUGAAUCGAAGGUUAUCAACGACCGUGAGACUGGAAGAUCCAGAGGCUUUGGAUUCGUGACUUUUGCCACGGAGCAGGCAAUGAAAGACGCGAUCGAAGGAAUGAACGGCCAGAACCUUGACGGCCGUAACAUCACUGUCAACGAAGCUCAGUCUCGCAGCAGCGGUGGUGGCGGAAGCCGUGGUGGAGGCGGUUACGGAGGCGGCGGUGGCUACGGAAGUGGCGGUGGUGGUUACAGCCGCGGAGGCGGUGGUGGAGGCUACGGUGGUCGUCGUGAAGGUGGUUACAACCGUAAUGGUGGAGGCGGAGGAUACGGCGGUGGAGGUGGUUAUGGCGGUGGUAGAGACCGUGAUUACGGGGAUGGUUCCGAUGGUGGAAACUGGAGGAACUAGGGAUUGAUAUGAUUAUGUUCAGUUAUUUAAGGUUUUGCCGUUUAAGUUUGGGUAUCUGUUUUGGUUUUCUGUUCUUAUGGAGUAUGGUUCUCUUUUUUGACCUACAAAUGUGGUAAUCGAUCAGUCGAAAUGAUAUAGUAUCGAAUUUCUACCUCUUUAGUUUUGAUAAA